AUGCUGGAGGGCAGGCCGUUCACCUUGUUCACCGAUCACAAGCCGCUGGUGGGAGCCAUGGCGAAACCAGCCACCAUGUCGCUCCAGCGACAGCAAAAUCAGCUGAGUUACGUAAGUACGUUUACCACCGAUAUUCGCCAUGUGAAAGGAAAAGACAAUCUCGUCGCCGACUGCCUCUCCCGUCCAACGCAGGUGGACGCCAUCACCCGGGCCAUGGCCCGGGCUAACCCAGACCUCGCCCCGGACGACAUCCCGCUGCCGGAACGCCGGGCUCCCCGGCAACCAGACGUGCAACCGGCAAGAUUCGAAGAGGUCCAAGACGAACUCCACCGUGACGGGCACCCUUACGACGACGCGGAACCGCAAGUACCCCCCCAGCGGGCGCCACCUGCGGCUCAAGCACCGCAGCGGCUCGCUCCACGACCGGCAGUGCCCCAACCGACAGGCGACCCGCUCGAUCCCGGAUUCCUCGCCGCCGCACAAGCCGCCGACCCUGAGUUCGCCGCCUACCGGACCGCCUGCACCGGCAUGCGGGUGCGACAGGUCCCGGUCGACGGUCACCUCAUCUGGUGUGACACGUCACACGGCAACAACAGGCCGAUCCUACCGGAGGUUUCCAGGAAGACAGCGUUCCUGCGGUUGCACGCCACUUCCCACCCGAGCGUCCGCCAGACAGUGGAGCUCGUGCGACACCACUAUGUCUGGCACGGGCUGAAGAAGCAGGUCGCACAGUGGGCGCGCCAGUGCACAGGCUGCCAGCGGGCGAAGAUACAACGUCACACACAGGCACCUCACGAGCCGUUCCCAUCCCCCUCGGGCCGGUUCCGACACGUCCACGUCGACGUAGUGGGACCCCUGCCGCCAUCAGAGGAGUACCGCUACCUUCUUACCGCCAUCGACAG